UAGACGAGUUUCCUGAGUGAAAUAGGCGGGCCGCCAUUAUCCUUUCACUCUGCCAACGUCUUCCGGUUGUGUCUGCCAAGAACUUCCGGUUAGCGAGUUAGCAUCUUUUACUGUCUUUGGUUAGCGUGCAGAAAAAGUAAACUAUGGCUGGUGUUACACGCCGACACGGCUCCGGGACAUAUUGUGCUGUUCGCGGUUGCAACAACUCGUGGCGAUUGCUGAAUGUUUGGUCGGAAGGAGAAUGUUUCGACCAUCAACCAUCUACAAGGCGCCAAUGUGGAUGUGAUCCCCCGUAUGCGUUGUAUGAGAAACCAAAAACAGAUGUUGAAUCUCGGAAGUGGCUAGCGGCUUUGAAGUUGAAGAAUCCGCCCAAAAGACUGUUUGUUUGUUCUUAUCACUUCAUUGAUAAAAAGCCCACAGAGGAAAACCCUUUCCCGGAACUUUGGUUGGGAUACGAGCGACCUCCCCAGCAAAAGAGACGUAAACUCGACAGAAACACAAGUGACACGCAAUCGGAUGAAGUGUGCAUCGAGCCGAAGUUUAAAGAUGCUGCAACACAAUGGGAGGACCUAACAAAAACUGACCACAGCUACGCGGCAAAGUUGGACCACGUGAACAAAUCGACGCAGACUGGGGGUCAGACUGUGGCUGAUGAUAUGCUCCUGGAUGAUGAUACCUCGCUGCUGUACACAGGACUGCGUCUGGUAUAUUUUUUUACUUUGGUGAAAACGAUGUUGCCAUUUAGUAAACCAUCAUGUAGUAUUCCUGUUGUUGACCAAAUACUGAUGACCCUCAUGAAACUGAAACUGAACCUUGUGUUAGGGGAUGUGGCAAAGCGCUUUAAAGUGUCUAAAGGUGAAGUAAGUAAGGUGAUUGCUCACUGGAUUGAUACAUUGGGUGAGCAGCUUGAACCCAUGGUUGCCUGGCUGCCAAGAAGUGUUAUACGUGCUAACAUGCCACCAUCCUUUAAAAAGAACCACCCCCAGACCACUUGCAUCAUCGAUUGUGCUGAAACGGCUAUUCAGAGAGCAACAAACCUUAACUGUAGGAGUGCCACUUUCAGUCAUUACAAGGGAACCAAUACUGCCAAAUAUCUUGUUGCUGUGUCACCUCAUGGGCUGAUAAUGUUUAUAUCAGAGGCCUAUGCUGGUAAAAGCAGUGACAAGUUUAUCACUAUAAACAGUGGGUUUCUGGAGGCCCUAAGGCCUGGUGAUGAGGUAAUGGCUGACAGGGGUUUCACGAUUCGAGAUGUACUACAUGAAAGGAAGGUGAAAUUGAAUAUUCCUGCCUUUACCCACAAGCGUGGUCAAUUGACCAAUGAGGAGGUAACGCGCACUAGACGAGUGGCCAAUGUCCGUAUACAUGUGGAGAGGGCAAUCCGAAGACUUAAAGUCUUCAAAAUUCUGUCCCAAACUGUCCCCAUCUCCAUGACCCCGCGGUUGGACAAGAUUCUUACCAUAUGUGCUGCUUUAGCAAACAUGAGGUCCAGACUCAUCCGACUGCCACAUGAGGUUUAAGUCCCUAUGAAAAGUAAAACCUGGGUUACCUGCAAUUUUUUUUUUUAUAUUGUACAUAUUCCUUUUUUAUUAUAUAUAUAUAUAUAUAUAUAUAAAAUACUUUCAGCUAGAAAAACCUGUGUAAAUUUAUUGUUAUUGUUCCCUUUCUGGUGUUGUGAUUAUUGAUAAGACAAAACAGAAUUUUAACUAAGAAAAACUUGUGAGUGCUAUUCUUUUUCACAUGAGGUGUAAGUCCCUAUGAAAAGUAAAACCUGGGUUACCUGCAGUUGUUUUGUUUUUUUUAAAACUGUACAUAUUCCUUUAUUUUAUAUAUAUAUAUAUAUAUAUAUAUAUAUAUAUAUAUAUAUAUAUAUAUAUAUAUAUAUAUAUAUAUAUAUAUAUAUAUAUAUAAAUAAUUUCAGCUAGAAAAACCUGUGUACAUUUAUUGUUCCCUUUCUGGUGUUGUGAUUAUUGAUAAGACAAAACAGAGUUUUAACUAAGAAUAACUUGUGAGUGCUAUUCUUUUUCUUGUAUUGUAAAUAUUGACACAUGACAAUAAACAAAUUGAUUUGA